UUACAUGAUAUGUAGUGACGCUAUCUAGGCAGCAGACUAGUGAUUUAGGAUACGACCCUGAGCUUUUCUGUCAGUUCUCUCGUAUAUGGUGUUUUAGAUAAGACGUCUUUAUCUCUCUGCACUCAGAAUCGCCUCUAAAACUAUUUUAGCUUUUUAAUGUUUAUUUUAUUUGGUCAUUUUGUCGAAAAUAGUGCAGGAAAAUCAUUAAGAUCAUUGUUAGACGUAAUAUUCACGUCUCACAACUGUUUUAGGGAAUGAAGGCCAAGAUGGCAACAUAUCUGUCUGUACUCCUGUUCCUGUGCAUGGACGUAUGUGCGGUGAUGUUGUUCGGGGUGACCCGGCUUUCCCCUCUGCUCAUUCCUUAUUCCUUUACAACGCUCUGGGUCGGAGGACUGCUGAGGUUCACCGCGCUUGUCCUUGUCGUCUUUUUUUACCCGUCGAGCCCGGCGUGGAUGAGGCGCACGAGCGGAGUCCAGACCCUUGCUGUGCACAGUUUGGUGUAUCCUGCGUACGUCACACUGCGGUGGGCAUGCGGCUGGUCGACACUGGAGCUCAUCUGGGGCUGGCAUACAUGGCAAGGACUGCUUCAGAGCUACGCCGUCUCGGCUCUCUCGCUGCUGCUGUGGGAACGUUAUGUGCCCUCUGUCCCCACAAAGAAGGAGAAAAAACCUAAGGAGAAAGGCCCGGCUUCUCUGCAGAGGCUGCUGGGAUACUUAAAGCCAUACUGGGGCCGGUUCACGGCGGUCCUACUGUUCGUGGUCGCUUCCUCUCUGGGUGAGAUGGCUAUUCCUCAUUACACGGGGAAAAUCACUGACUGGAUCGUGAAGGAGGACGAGCCAGACGCUUUCGCUAACGCCAUUAAAAUCAUGUCGAUCUUGACCCUCAUGAGCGCCGUGUUUGAGUUCGUGUGCGAUCUCAUUUACAACGUCACCAUGAGCCUCGUACACACCGCCAUCCAGAGUCAGGUGUUCGAGUCCGUGCUGAAACAGGAAAUCGGCUUCUUCGAUGAAAGUUCCUCAGGUGAACUCGUGUCCCGGAUCACCAAAGACACCAACGACAUGAGCGAGUCCCUGAGCGAAGAGCUCAGUCUGCUCAUGUGGUACACCAUGCGUUUAAUCUUCCUCUACGGCUCCAUGCUGCUCCUCUCCGUGCCCCUGUCCAUCUUCACCAUCCUCGGACUUCCCGUCAUUUGGAUCGUCCCAGAAUUUUCCGGAAAGUUCUACCAGACCCAUGCGGUCAAAGUGCAAGAGUCUCUGGCCAAAUCGAACAGCGUCGCCACGGAGACGUUCUCCUCCAUCAAGACGGUGAAAAGCUUCGCCAACGAGGACGGCGAGUCGGAGAGAUACAAGAAGUGCUUGGAGCAAACCUACUCUCUCAACAAAGUGGAAGCGACUGGUUAUGCGGCAUCGACCUGGACCAACAGCAUGUCUAGCUUGGCCUUAAAAGUGAGCAUCCUGUACUAUGGAGGUCUGCUGGUGGCAGGAAAUUCCGUCAGCAGCGGUGAUCUGGUGUCUUUCGUGCUGUUCGAGAUCCAGUUCAGUCACGCUGUGGAGGCUCUGAUGUCCUACUACCCACGGGUGAAGAAAGCCGUCGGCGGCUCAGAGAAGAUCUUCGAGUACGUGGACCGGGAACCCGAUGUUUCUCCCGAAGGUUCUCUAGCUCCCAAGACGCUCAGGGGUCACAUCCGCUUCAACAACGUCACUUUUGCGUAUCCUACGCGGCCGGACGAGAGCGUUCUGAAAGGCGUUUCUCUGGAGCUGAAACCGGGAGAGGUCACCGCUAUAGUUGGUCCGGCUGAUGCUGGAAAAAGCACCAUAGUCAGGUUGCUUGAGAGGUUUUACAAGACGAAGAAAGACGAUAUCUUACUGGACGGCCGUCCACUGCAGGACUACAAGGAUCAAUAUCUUCACGAGAAGAUCAGUGUGGUCGCCCAGGAGCCCACCCUGUUCGCCCGCUCCAUUAGAGAGAACAUCAAAUACGGGAAAGCAGACGCCACCGAUGAAGAGAUGUAUGAGGCUGCUAAACAGGCCAACGCUCACAAGUUUAUCAGUGGCUUUCCACAUGGCUACGACACCAACGCUGGAGAAAAAGGAGACGAAGUGUCCGGAGGUCAGAAGCAGCGAAUAGCCAUAGCGAGAGCCCUGAUCCGGAAGCCGCAGAUCCUCAUUCUAGAUGAUUCCACGAGUGACCUGGAUGCUGAGAGCGAGCAUAUGGUGCACCAGGCCCUCCUGAAGAAUUCAAAAGGUCGCACCGUGCUGCUCAUUACCAACAAGAUGGGCGGUGUGGAGAUGGCCGAUAACGUGGUGUUCCUGCAGGGCGGAGAGGUGCUCGAGCAAGGCAACCAUGACAGUCUGCAGAAGAGAAACGGACGGUACGCUGAGUUCGUCCGGCUUCAGAACACCAGCUUCCAUCGUAAAGCUCAGGAAGACAGCUGAACCUUCAUCAUUGUGAAGCAGCCACAUGAAUCUUAUCACACCGUAUCAGCCCACCUAUAAUAUGAUUCCUGGCAUAUACAGUAUUUCCGCCUGUAGGAAAUAAAUCUAUCAAACACUCGAUGGCACAGAGAUUAAAAUACAAAACAAAUAUGCCAGUAUUCACAAGAUUGCAUAAAAAUGUGUACCGCCCACAUAGCACCUUCCUAACAUCAAGCGUGAACUCUUAUUGUGGUAUUCAUUAUGUUUAGAUCAACAAAACACAUUAUGAAUCUUGAUCUAAACAGUUAUGUAUACCUUAUGAAGUGUAGAUAACAGCCUUAUAUUGAGGACUAUUACAUUCCACUGGAAAUGAAGCUUCAUAACAGUGUUAUAAACACCCAUCCCGUUAAAAUAAGAGUAAAGCAGAUGUGAAUCUAUAUAAAUAGGUGUGGAGUAAAAGUACAGCAACCUGGUGCAUAGGUUUUAUUCUUUAUCCUUUUUAAUCCGUUUAUAGUUACAUUUAUUCUCAAGGAACGUCCAUAAAACCGGCUUGUUCCCGUUAUCGCUUAUGUUAUAGCAGAUGUUAAUAGUCAAAGGCCCUGGUUAAGGCCCUGGUGAACCCUGAUCAACAAGGCAGAGCCUUAACCACUUGAGCCACCACUGACCCCAACUUAUGAAUUAUUACAUAUGUUGGAAUAAAACGGCGGCUUACAAAUUCUCUACCUGGUAAAUAGCUGUUAAUCCUUUGUUUUGUAGAUGAUGUGAAGACAUGGUGAGAAUGGAAAUGAGUAGAAACCAUCUAGAAUAUCAACAAUCACAUAAUAGCAUCAACCACAAGUCUACAAUGUAAAUACAACAAAAAUAAGUCAGGAAUAACAACAUUUUCACUCAGAUAUGGUAAAAAUUACUCAUUUUUCUCAGGUAAUCUUGGGAAUACUGGCAUAAAACACUCGUGAUCGCUAUAUAAACAUGUCAUACAUUGCUUAUGUGUGUACUAAAAUGUCUCUGUCGUCUCCAAAAAUAAAAUUAAUUUGUUUCUUUUAGGGUUUUAGCGUGCGGUGAAAUGAAUCUAUUGACUAUUAUAAAUUAUAACUUAUAAGUUAUGUAUAACUCACUCAUUGUCGUUAUGUCCUGAAAGUUUCCCUACAUCUGAUGAUUGUAUAAAGAGUUUGUACUACUGUAAAUUUUAGGAUUUUUAAAUUAGGUGUAAAUAUCACAACCUUUAAAAAAAUAGUACAAAAGAUCAUUUUUCCUCAUGACUCCCAACCCACCAAAGUACAGCCAGUGAGACUGUGAAAAUGCUGUUUUCUUUUUUCUUUUUCUUUAUGCUUCCUUUCUUUCCAUUUUAAGCCACUGAAAUAUCACUGUAUGUUUUUUUUUUUUUUUUUAACUUUCUUUGUACUCCUACCAAUAAAAUAUCACAGAAAAUGA